CUUUGACUCACUUGGUCCCUGGGCGCCUUUCGCUCUGUGGCAACCCCAACCUUCCCUUGUGAUCUUUAUCGCUCGUCUGCGAUGCUGCUCUCAGUGCCCAACGAAAUCCUGAACAGGAUUGCCUUUGAAGCAGAUAGUCGGACUCGUCGGCACCUUCGACGUACAUGCCAGCUACUCCGUGAUGUCGCCACACCUCUCGUCUUUAAAUCAGUCUACAUCGACCUAUCUUGGAGCCGGCACUCUAGCUCAGCUUCCAUCUUUCUUAAAUCACUUAAUUCUGGUCCGAGAUUGGCGCAAUACAUCAUUCGUCUUUCCCUCUAUCUGGACAAAGAGUCCCGGCCUCUUCCCUCCCGUUUUGCUAGCGAAGCUAGAAAAAAGACGAGAGACGAGAGACUAGAUUCUUUUGAUGCCCUCUUCCUUGGAGCUAUUCCAUCUAUGGUUUCAUUGAAAUCGUUAUUUUGGAGAAUAUUGUACCACGUUCUGAUGAGGAUGCUCCACCAACAUCUCGGAGACAAGCGCCUCCUAGAUCAUAUGCGGCCAAAUAGGAUCGGAUUUCCCCAGAUCCUCUGGAUGAAAAUGGAACGACGUGCCGACCUUGACAUAACUCUUUUAGUAUUCAUUGGUAUAGAUGCUCACGUCUGGUGUUCGGGUCCCGACGUAGAUGAAAGAGGAUCAAUUUCAUUGUUGUUUAGCUCUUUGCCUACGGGAACGUACAGUACGGUGAAGACACUGUCGAUAGGCGGUGAAAUGUUCUCCGAGUUAUACGCAUGUGAAAUCCCCAAACUCAUAUCCCAUUUGCGUCACCUGGAGAGCCUAACCAUGCAUAUUACCAUACCCGAUGUAUUUUGGGACGGAUUACAGGAGCAUGGAAUAUGCUUGGUGUCUCUCACAUAUUACGAUCCCAGUCUGGCGUUACUGUCGUAUCUCUCGUCCUAUACAGGGCUUCGUGAACUGUCACUUAACAUGUUGUCAGCCUCGAUCGAUGGCAAUCUCCAUAUCUCAUCCCUUCUUCCGACUGUCAUCACUUCAAAUUCUUCGUCCUUGACGACAGUUCACAUUGAGCCCCACCAUGGCGGAGCAUGGUGCUUGGACCAUCCUAUGCUAGAUGCUUUGGUUCUUUGCCGCGGUCUGAAGUCAUUACAUGUCUGCGCUGACGAAACGAGAGUUCGAGUAGAAGAAAACAAUGUUAUUGAUAGAAUAUUACAAGCUUCCAUGACAUCCUGGCCGAAUCUCUGGGAUCUUCAAAUAAGAGUGGUGCCUCUUGCCGAUGAAGCAGUGAAAAUGGCCACAAGUCAAAUCCAUAGGCGCAUUUUAGCCUUGCGUUUCGCGCCACUACCACCGGAAAGGUCUAGGCUGCAGAUAUCAACAGAGUUUGCGGCAUAUGCGGUAAAAAUCCACGAUCGAAAAAACAAUAUUUAUGCGUUUGAGAUGCAGGAUUUGGACUAUCAUGGGGACAAGGAAUCGUAGAGGAAAUACAAGUUCUGGAAGCGAUCUGAUGAU